CAAUCAAAGGUUUCAAACCUUUCUAAUUCCUCUAUUCGCUGCUUGAAUUGUAAUACUGUAACAAAGUGACGAACACGAUCAUAUGCUCUUUUUUUUUUUUUUUUGCAGGGAUGAUGGGGAGGUCAUCUUGCUGUGAUGAAAAUGGCCUGAAAAAAGGGCCUUGGACGCCUGAGGAAGACCAAAUUCUUGUAGAUUACAUUCAGAAACAUGGGCAUGGAAGUUGGAGAGCACUUCCAAAGCUAGCUGGAUUAAACAGGUGUGGAAAAAGUUGCAGGCUUAGAUGGACUAAUUAUCUCAGGCCUGAUAUUAAGAGAGGAAAGUUUUCUGAGGAAGAAGAGCAGACCAUUAUCAAUCUUCAUGCAGUUCUUGGCAAUAAGUGGUCCGCAAUAGCAACCCAUCUCCCUGGAAGAACAGAUAACGAGAUUAAAAAUUUCUGGAACACCCAUCUGAAGAAGAAGCUUCUCCAAAUGGGGAUUGAUCCAGUGACUCACAGACCAAGAACUGAUCAUCUCAACAUUCUUGCUAACCUGCCACAGCUGCUUGCUACUGCCAACUUCAAUAACCUGAUGAAUAUUCCUUUAGACAUUAAUACUCUCAGGUUACAGUCAGAUGCUGCACAGCUUGCAAAAAUCCAUUUGUUGCAUAGCAUACUUCAAGUUUUAGGUACUAGUAGUAGCAAUACUCCUCCAACUAUGGAAGCAAUGAACCUUCUAGCAGGACCAACUUUCCGGGAAAAUCAGCUAUAUGAACUCCUUAGAAUAAAUUCUCAGCUUGAAGGGAACACCAGUAAUCUUCCAUUUGGCUUUGCCCCACAUGAACUUACACAAUUACAGUCAAACUUUCUCAACUUAGAAGCUUCUCAACAUCAAGCACAGUUCAGUGAAUAUCACCAGCCAAUGAAAGACUUAAAAAUCUGUGCCAACAGCAAUGAUCAAUUUGCUUCUUCCUUAUCCUCUCCUGCUAUUCCAACUUCAACCCCACAGCUCCCAGCAUUAGUGCCAGCCUCCCCCGAACGUCGACCGGCCACCACUGUUAAUCAAACUGAAAACAAGAUCAACCCAAAUGAUCCUAUCUCUAACCCUUCUUCGACUUCAACCACCUUUGAAGCUUGGGGAGAUCUUAUGGAUGAUGAAGCAAGUGAUUCCUACUGGAGAGAUAUUAUAGACCAGACAUCAUCACAGUCAUGGUCCAUCUCAUAA